AUGGGAGGUAUAGGAACUAGUGUAAUGUCCAAUACCGACCCUUUUGCAACGACUUGGAGUGGAUUAACACCACAAGCCGUAAUUAACUCAGAGGCUCCAUCCAGAGAUGAUCCAAUAACUGUUUACUACUACUUUGCUGACAAUCUGCCGGAGGAAUAUCGAAGCAUCGUUUACGAUACCAUCGAUGACAUAGAGGAUGCUGCGCCUGGUAUUCAAUUUAAGUAUAACAGUACAGCAACCAAUCGUAUUCGCAUUUGCUAUGGGGCAGAGUGCAAAUCUGCUGUUGGAAUGGUUGGAGCUCAGCAAAAUUUACAGCUAGCGAACUGGGCUCAAAAAGGUGAUGUAUUACACGACUUCAUGCAUGCAUUAGGAUUCCUACACGAACAUCAGCGUGAAGAUCGUGACCUAUAUGUUACAUGUUGGAGCAAAGAUACUGCCAACUAUGUAAAAAAAGGUAUGGCUAUUGGAAGGUACGAUGCUGAUUCUGUCAUGCAUUAUCCCGACAUUCGAGGUGAUCUGAACUGUCAUAACUUGUGGGCACCUCGCCAGUGUAAGCGGUUGAGCAAUGGUGACAAAGUUGGGCUCAAUAAAUUGUAUCCACCUGUAAGGCAACCUCGCGUUUACAAUCCAGAAAAAGGUUACACAGAUUUAUACUAUUGCGGAAGGCAUAACAUGGAAAAUAAUAAUGCACCAUUUGGUAAAAUUAGUGUAGAUGGUUAUUGCGGUCCAAACAAUGGCCCGAACUGUCCAAGUUGCCGAGAAUAUGGUGGUAUACAAACGUGGUGUAAUGAUGAAGGAAGUUAUGCAACGCAAGGAGAAACAGGCUUAUUUUAUUGUGGAAGAAGAUUUACGGCUAGAGAAAAUGAAAGACGAUAUCACGAUGGCUUUUGUGGGCCCAACAAUGGCCCGCAUUGUGACUCUUGUCGGAGGCUUCUUGAAUAA